AUGAAUGUUUUGAACAAGUCUCUUCCGGAUGGAUGCUUAAACAAAGGGGACUUCUUAAUAAACGAGAAAAACGCAAUUGGAGAACACGAUAACAACAUGACGUUGAAUAAUGGGGAAAAUUUCCAUCCCACAAAUUUCUCCACCAAUGGGACGAGCGACGGGUGUAGAAAAGUUCUGCUCAGCACGAAUAGCAUCCAAGUAAUAAGGAACGAUGACAACGAUGGUGAGGCAAAUAGUGCAGACAGCGUCAACGUGAACCCACAGGAAAGCACUAUGAAGGAAAAAAACAACCGCUACGUGAACGGGGCGAACGCGAACGGAGGGAGUAGCCAAACAGAAGACGAAGACGAGGGGAAAGUGCACAUCGUGUACGCUUACGUGGUGAGUGACUCCAAAAAAACAAUAAUCUCGAACAGUGAACUAAUAUCCUUACAAAUAUCCACGGAUAAGGAUAAGAACUAUACAGUCAAAAUGAAAAUAAAAAAAUUGCCCUCUCUGAGAAACGGCCAUUUUUUAUGUUUGAACAAGAAUGGGGAAAUCCUUGCCAUAGGGGGAAAUGAUGGGAAAAAAAAAUACGGAUUGGUUGAAAAAUUUUCUGCAGACAAACAGACAUGGAAACAAAUAAACCUCAUGCAUUUUCCAAGAUCCAAUUUUUGUGGAAUAUGUACAGAAGAUGAUGACCUUUUCAUUUUAGGAGGGGAAGGGAAUCACCAUAUUUUAAACAGUGUAGAAUACUACGACAAGAAAAUAAAUUCGUGGAGGUCUCUCCCUCCUCUGAAUUAUGUCAGACACUCUGCUAGUGCAGCUAUUUUUAAAAAUAUGAUUUUCGUGCUUGGGGGGAAGGACGGAAUUGGGGAUUAUGGCAAGGUCCACAAAAGUAUGGAAAUGCUAAAUUUGAAGGAAAAAAAUAUUAAGUGGAUUAUGGGUAAACCUUUAAAGCAGGCGCGUCUUGGCCUUGCCACUGUGGUGUUUCAGGAGAAGCUUUAUGCCAUAGGCGGAUCAACCGGCGUGAAGGAUCUCAGCUCUGUCGAAAUAUAUGACUUCGAGACGGGUGAAUGGACGGAGGGACCCAGCUUAAACUUCUCACGUUCUAACUUUGUCGUCUUUCUUUGGAACAACCAGUUGGUGGCAUACGGCGGAGUGAGCAAGCACCGCCGGGAACUUAUAAAGAGGGCAGAAAUACUAAACGAAGAAGGGACACGUUGGCUGCUGAUGAAUGAAGAUGCGUCACAAUAA